AAAUGUCAAAUUUGUUCUAUAGUACUUCGUUACGUUGUAGACUAUUCUAGUUUUCUUUAUUUUUACUUUAAAAUGCUAAAUUUAGAGCAUUUUUUAAGAAUAUUUCUGUUUAGUGUUAUUUAAUUUAUAAUACUAUUAUAAAAUUUAAUCAAUAAAAAAAUGACUUUCUAUAAGCUUUAAUAUUUAUUUAUUAUAAUAUUCCUUGUAAAUACUAUACCUAAUGACAGAUUAUAUUGUAGUUGACAUUAAUAAAUAUGUCUGAGGAUACUAUAACAAGAUCUCACCUCUCAACCAUUGAGUGGGACAUGAUGGACAAAACCAAAUUUUUACCUUUAAGUAUGCUAAGUUCAUUUUCAGUUCGUGCCACUCUGUAUCCAUUAACAUUGAUCAAAACACGAUUACAAAUACAAAAGCAUGGAGAAUUGUAUAAAGGUUUGUUUGAUGCAGCUAAUCGUAUUUAUCGUUCAGAAGGCAUAUCUGGAUUAUACCGAGGUUUUUGGGUUAGCUCGGUUCAAGUUUUUUCUGGUGUAGCUUAUAUUGGUGCUUAUGAGCAAACAAGAUUUAUGACGGCUCCAUAUUUAAAAAAUUUACCAGAAGUAAGAUCCCUUGUUGCUGGUGGAGUUGCAUCAGUUUGUGGCCAAACUAUAAUUGUGCCUUUUGAUGUAGUCAGUCAACAUUUAAUGAUGCUUGGUUUGUCAAAUCCAAAAAAUAGUAAAGAUAAAAUAAUAUUUUUCCGUCCUUUGGGUGUCAAUUUGGAUACUUCAAAAUCAAAGUUUCAUAUAACAUUAGAUAUUGCACAAUGUGUAUACCAACAAGAUGGUUUGAAAGGAUUUUAUAGAGGAUAUAUUGCUUCAGUAUGUACUUAUGCUCCUAAUAGUGCUCUUUGGUGGAGUUUUUAUACUAUUUUUCAGGAACAACUUGAAAAAAGGUUACCUCUUAACACCUCACUAUUAUUUACACAAAGUAUAUCAGGGGUUUUGGCUGGAUUCACUACUACUUUAAUGACAAAUCCAAUGGACACAAUCAGGGCUCGUUUACAAGUUCAAAGAACAAAUUCUAUCAUCAAAACAUUUAAAAGUCUUUGGGACGAAGAAAAAAUGAUGAUGUUUACUAAAGGACUUUCAGCUAGACUUGUACAGUCUAUUUGUUUUAGUUUUACUAUUAUCUUAGGUUAUGAAAGUAUAAAACGUGUAAGUGUUCUUCAAGAAUAUAAAGAUCGUGUAAGAUGGUAAUGAUGAAAUUAUAUUUUUAAUCUAAUUUUUAUUAUGUAAAAUAUAAAGAAGUGAUAAUUUAAAAUAGUUAGACAUUUUUAUUUUACAAUUUACAAAUUUUAAUUUUGUAUAAAAAUGAUUUUUGGUUACAUGUUGAUUUUUUGUUAUAAUAUUAGUACUAUAAUCUUUAUCUAUCAUCAUUGAUAAUAUUUAAUUAAUGUUAUAUUUUUAACCACCAGUUACCUACUUUGUUUUGUUUGUUGAUUCAAAAAAUUACUGUUUUCACUUUUAGAUACUUUGUGGCUUAUAGUAAUAAAAUAAAUGCUUUUUUAAAAUCAAUUUUUC